AUAUUCUUAUCAAAUUCCAUUAUUGUUGGAAAUGGGUGUAUUGUUGUUUAAUUGCUGACGAUCAGUUAAGUGGUUCGUAACAAAAGAAUCGAAAUAGUUUCGUCUUGAACAACUUUAUUCACGAAUCUGCAAAAAUGUCGACUGCAAUAUUCAUUGCAGACUGGUUCAUGCUCGGUAGGGACAUUUAUUACCGAAAAUUCGAACUGUACAACAUGAAUUGGUCAUCAGAUGUAAAUCUGGAAAACUAUUCUGUAACUUCCGCACAAUGUGGGGGCCCCAUCGCUGUCAAGAGAGAUUCUAAGAAGAUCGUGAAAGAGAGUGGUCAGCCUAUUAUCUCGAUAUUUUCCUGUUCUGGAAACAAUAUAACUUCCUUCAAAUGGACUAGGAGGCCCAUUGUGAAAAUGGGAUGGUCGAACGAAGAGAAAUUUGUUUGUAUACAGGAGGACGGAAUGAUUGUCAUUCAUGAUAUCUUUGGAAAAUUCCUACAUACCUUUUUGAUCAGCCAGAGAGCUCAAGAGUUGAAAGUUGUUGAUGCGAAAUUAUUUACUAGUCCUCAAAAUUGUACGGGAGUCGCUGUGCUGACCAGCAAUGACAAGGUUUUUUUAGUGAAUAAUAUCUUAGACCCUAAAUGCAGACAAUUGUCUGAACUUCCUAAAGGUUUGAAACCUUAUUGUUGGGUUGUAAUAGCUGAGGAGCCACAAACCGAAAUUCUUAUGGCUUGUGGUAAGGAACUCUACCGUUUGAAGCAAGAUGAGCAUCACACAAGUGUUAUGUUGGAGCCAGACAUUUCUAAUGAGUACACUACAAUACUUAAGAUGUCAGUCUCUUUCAACGCUCGCCAUAUUGCCCUAUUUACUGAUUCAGGCCAUCUUUGGCUUGGAUCUUCUAAUUUCCGCAGUAAAUAUUGUGAGAUCGACACCGAGGUAAUAUACACUCCGAAACAGUUGAUUUGGUGUGGGAAUGAAGCGGUUGUUGCUUAUUGGGAAAGGAGCAAUACUAUUUUGGUUGUUGGCAUACACGGUCAGAAAAUGACGUUCACUUAUGAUGGAUCGGUUCACAUAGUUCAAGAGAUAGAUGGCGUUAGGAUCAUUUCCAAUAACACCCAUGAGUUGCUGCAGAAAGUGCCACACGUUGUGCAGAAAAUAUUCCGCAUCAACAGCACAGAACCCGGCAGUUUCCUGCUCGAAGCUUCGAAACAAUUCCAGAAGCGAAGUCACAGAGCCAACGAGUACAUCUCUCUGGUCAAGAAAGAUCUACUCACGGCGGUUGAGCAAUGCAUAGACGCCGUGGGCUACGAAUUCGACCCGGAAAUACAGAAGAGGCUGGUUAGGGCGGCCCAGUUCGGAAAAUGCUUCAUUUCCAACGCGAACACGGAAAAAUACGUCAAUAUGUGCCGGCUACUGAGGGUGCUGAAUGAGGUUAGGAACCCUAGGAUAGGCAUCCCGAUCACGAUGACCCAGCUGACGUACCUGACGAAUAAGGUGCUGCUGGACCGGCUGAUUACCAGGAAGGAGUACUAUCUGGCCCUACAGAUCGCCAAGUAUCUCAGGAUGCCCGAUAGGGAGGGGAAAAAUCACAUUUUGGUGCAUUGGGCUAAGUAUAAGGUGAAUCAGUCUCAAAUGGAAGAGGAGACUGUGGCCAGGGAAAUAGCGGAAAAGUUGGGUUACACCCCCGGUAUAUCCUACAGCGAAGUGGCCUACGCCGCCGCUGAGUGCGGGAAGAAGAAGAUAGCCAUCAAGCUGUUGGAUUACGAAUCGAAAGCUAGCGAGCAGAUAAACCUCCUGUUGCUGUUGGGGGAGACUUCCCCAGCGCUGGUGAAAGCCAUACAGAGCGGGGACAUGGAUCUGGUGUAUACGGUCAUCCUGAAGCUUAGGGACAAUAUGGCGCUGGGGGAUUUCAAGAUGACCAUACGGGCGUUUCCGAUAUCCCAAGCGCUGUACAUCAAGUACUGCAAGAAGCACAACAUACAGGCCUUGAACGAGAUCUACAUACAAGAGGAUGACUUCGCCUCCCAGGCCGAGAUGUUCAUUUUGCAGAGUAUGGAUGACGAAAAGUCCCACAUGAAGGAUUCUUUCCUUUCGUCAGCAGCUGAAGCUUACAGGAAAGGAAGAAAAGACCUGUACGCCUCGAUGUGCGAAGAAUCGCUGAGACUAGUGCGCUACCAGAGGGAAAUCGAAGAUACCUUGAACUCCAGGAACGAAUUCCAGGGAAAAUCCGUGCACGAAACCUUCAAACUCUUGCUGGAGAAGAAGGAGUACAAGCACGCCGAAAAACUGAAGAACGAUUUCAAAAUGUCCGACCGGAGGUAUUUCUGGCUGAAGAUACAUCAUCUGGCCGAGAUUGAGGACUGGGUGGAGCUGGAGAAGUUCUCGAAAAUGAAGAAGGGUAAUGCUAGUUUCGCGGCGUACGUGGACGUGUGUUUGGAGUUUAACAACAAGAACGAGGCUCUUAAAUACUUGCCCAAAGUUAGCGAUUCUCUGAAGGUUAAGUACUAUACCAAGACGGGGUGUUUGGAGGAAGCUGCCAAGAUAGCCUACGCUCAGAAGGAUGCGCAGGGGCUUCAGUACGUCCAGAGUAAAUGCGUGGGACAGCCCGUUCUUUACGAAAAAAUCAACGGGAUGAUUACUCAGCUCGAUUUGCGAAGAUAGAUCUAUUUAGUGUUCAUUUUUUUUAUUAUUCUGUGAUAUAUAUUUGAAUUUAUGUCAGUUCUGUACUAAUAAAACUUUAUUUAUCGAAAAAA